AUGGGAAACACCAUCGGUUCUGCGUCUUCUUCGGUGAAGCAGGAUGUGCCCGAGACGUGGUCGACGAGUUUUACGGAGGGCGACACCGCGGCGCACAAUUUUGAGGUGACGGGCUUCUCGCUGCUAGACGGCAUGGGCGCCGGCAACUUUGUCUCGUCGAGCACAUUCUUCGUCGGCGGCUGCGAGUGGGACAUCACGUUCUACCCCGACGGGUGGAAGGCGGGCGGUGGCGCCCACGCCUCCGCUUAUCUGCGUCUAUGCAAUGGAGAACUAGGGUUGCAGACCAACUACACCCUGAGUUUAUUGGGCAAGGAUGGCCAAGUGUUUGUGCAACGGAGCAUAGAACAUACCUUCCAGUCCGCAGGUAUUUUUUGGGGCUUCGAGCACUUUGUCCAGAAUUCAAAAAUGGAACAGUUCUUCUCCAAGAAGCACAUCGACGAUGACUGCUUCGCAAUCAGGUGCGUCUUGACCGUCAUCACACAACACACGGAGGACCAGAGCGUGGUCGUCAUCCCCCGAUCGGACCUCCACGACCACCUGGUAGACAUGCUGGAGGGCCGGGAAGGCACGAACGUGACAUUCAACGUGGGCGACCAGUUAUUCCACGCUCAUAGGUGCAUGCUGGCUGCACGAUCGUCGGUGUUCAAGGCGGAGCUCUUCACUGGAAUGGAGGAGAACACUACUCGACACAUCAAGGUCGACGAUAUGGAGCCUGCCAUCUUCCAGGCCCUCCUCCACUUCAUCUACACCGAUACCUUCCCACAUAACAGUGGUAUAGACAAGAAUGUGCCACUGGAACACUUGUUCGUUGCCGCGGAUUGGUAUGGCCUGGAUAGGCUUGCGACAAUGUGUGAACAAAGGCUAUGCAACAGCAUCGAUGUGCACACAUUUGCCACCACACUUGCCUUAGCGGAGCAGCACCAAUGCGUGCAACUCAAGCAAGCAUGCCUUAGAUUCAUGUCCUCUCAUGAUGUACUCAGUGACAUCCAGGAGACCGAUGGAUUCAAGCAUCUCAUAUCCAGCUGCCCUUCGGUUGUAGGGGGCAUCAUAAACAACAUCGCCGUGUGGUAG